CAGACUGCGAAAUCUUUUCGUUUAGGUCAGAGAUGUGGUUCGCGAUGCAAGAGUUUUUUUUAAGUUGUUAUUUUUGCCUUUCCUUGGCCUCGACUUACUCUUAGUUUCGCAUUUGCCGUAUAUCAGAGCUGGCGCAAUGACCGAGCCGCGGCAGUGUUUGCAAUCUUUCUCCGCGAACAGACGUGAAAACGAUUACGGCAACAGCACGAUGAGGACGGUUUGCGUGGUUUUGCUGGUGCUCUUUCUCGACUCAACAAGUUCUGGCCACGAGGAGAAGGAUUUCCAAUGCCCACACACGGGUGUUCCUGUUCCUAGCACAUCAGUUUGCGACGGGCUUUUGGACUGCAUUCUUCCGUCUGGUGCUAGCAGUGUUGAUGACCUGUCAGACGAAAGCACGGAAAUUUGUGCUCCUACACCAUUCUUGGAUAACGAGAUUCUGCUACAGAGCCGUGACGUCACAAGCACGUCGGCACAGCUCUCCUGGUCGAAGGCCACAACACGCGUUUCCAACCAUUCACUGAAACUGGCCGGCUACUUCGUAACAGGGAAGUCAGAACCUCACGCAUUCCACAACACUAUAUCAGGACGUCUGCACUCGUACCAGGCCCAGUGGUUGAAGCCAUGGACGCAUUACGCUUUAAUUCUUAGGCCAUUCUACACAGAAAGUGGCAAGCCCCAAGCUUCGUACAAGAUUGGCAGAGCAGCUUCCGUAAACGUCCUUACAUUAUCUUCUGAACCGGAGGCGCCCGGCUUGGUGUCCGUGCUUUCGGCCCAGCAGCGCAACGUUGUGCUCAACAUCGUCGGCCCACCGACGUGGAACAGCGACCCGGUUGGCUUCCACGUGCGUUGGGAGGCAAUCAGCGAUCGCCGCGGACCAAACGGAGAGCUUAGUGUGCCGCUUCCGGCUGACUGGUCACCCGUGGAGAACACGCUGAACGUCACCAUACCACUACCAGGUGGUCAUGACUACCGUAUCUUCGUGAGCGCCCGUGGCGCUGACAGUUCCAGUGGUGAUCGCUCGGGCCCCGCAAUAGACGUCGACGUCAGUGUUCCUCUCGAUUCUUACGAGAUUUCAGCACACGUCGUCGACUCCCGUAAGGCGGUCAUCUCAUGGCGAGCCUCAGAACUAGUGGAAUUAUUUAAGCUGACGGUCUACACCUAUUCGGACGGAUACUUGCGCUUCCACAGAAGCUGGAAAUUUGAAGGUACUAAUAAGAUGUCCUCGAGGUGUACUGUUCCUAUUAACGACCUGCAGCCUUGGAUGCACUACAUGGCAAGCCUCGAAGGUUGCUCCGGUGAAAUCUGCAGCGCUGCGGUGAACACAACAUUCAUAACGCCACCAACAUACUUAUCAAGCCCCUCUGUGACCAGAGUUGAAGCCACGAGCAACAGCUCGUUCGAACUUGCGUGGGACUUCUCGCAACAUGACAACCGUCUCUACCACGGCUUCCGUGUGAAGUACUGUCCGAGUAACAUUGCAUCAUGCCCAGUGCUUGACACCACUGACAAAAAUCUGAUCGUGCACGGGCUCAAUCCUGGCACCACCGUCAACAUUUACGUGCGAGCGCAGUUUAGAAGUUCGGACGGAAGAUUACGGCUUGGGAAUGUUGCAGCGGCGUCUGUUACUACGUGGAAUGACAUCCCCGACCUAGAAGUCACCUACGAAACCAACGUUCAAGAUGAGGUUGGAACCUGUUUGCUACGCUGGGUGUGCGUCAACAGCAGCGUCGAUUACAUCCAGGUAUGA